AUGGAAGAGGUAUACGACGGUUCUGAAGCGGAUAUACACGAUGUUACUCACCACGAGAAACAUUCCUUUGAGCAAACAGACGCAUGUCGCCUCUGCACAGAAUCUCUCCUGAACAUCGAGUAUGGAGAGCAACCAAGUCAAGACGAAGCAAAGCGUCUCGCCGAACUUUUAUUCCAUGGGACCUGCUCCAACGCGAAAGAUGACAAUGAGGAUCAACAGUUACUGUGUGAAUUUUGUCGCCACUUACGUCUCAACCACUUGCUUGAAUGCCUAAAAGAUAGCAAGCUACGAUACAGCAUACGAUUCUGCUCAUUCAACCACAUUGAAAAGCGCAAAAGCUGCUCAUUUUGUCGUCUGCUUAUCCAGAGCGCAUUGCCCUACGCUUUUUUUGCCGGCACGAUCUCACCAGCGAGUUUCAAAGACGGAUGGCUGGAUAUGAUCGUCGAGCCCAGAAGGUCAAUCUUCAUGAAGUUUCAAUUUCCCGGUGGCUCAUGGAGGGGUGGAAAGCGAGUAUAUUUUGAUUCUAAAGGCGUGGAAUCUCCCUGUGCGGGGUUUAUCAAACGGAUCGGCGGAUUUGUCAAUUGGGAUCUUCUCUCGGGGUGGUUAAAUGACUGCUCAGAAGGGGUUAAAGAUCAUUCUGAAUGCGGGCCGAAACUUCUAGGUGUGAAACCUGCCCAUUUCAGACUGAUUGAUGUUCAUCGACGGCGCCUGGUCUCUGCGCCUCACGACUGUCGCUACGUCGCACUCAGUUAUGUCUGGGGGUCAAAUCCAGAUAUGAGCAAGAUGACGACCACGGCGACGCUGGAAUCAUUACAGAAGGAUGGUGCCCUGGUCAUUUCAAACGUGGCGAAGACCAUCAAUGAUGCGAUUACUAUCUGCUCCCAGCUUCAACAGGAAUAUCUAUGGGUGGACCAGUACUGCAUCAUCCAAGACAGUAAAAGUGACCAAGCCGAGCAAAUCGCGUCCAUGGCCGCCAUAUACUCGUCUGCGGAAUUUGUGAUCAUCUCCACAGAUGGCGAUAUGAAUGAUGGAAUCCCCGGAGUCGGCGUCGAGAGGGCUCAGAAGCAACUCGGCUGUAAGGCCUCUGGCAUUGAAUUCAUAGCCGAGAUUGCCGGUUGGCGGGAUAUAACUAUUGGAGGAAGCAUAUGGUCCACGCGAGGCUGGACAUAUCAAGAAGGGAUCCUGGGAAGAAGGAAACUAUAUUUCACGUCCUCUCAGUCAUUUUUCGAAUGCGACACGGAUGUGCUGAACGAAGACGAAGGAAGACAACAGGCUUUGUAUUCACCAAACAAGCUAAAUCCGCAGAGAUGGUCGCCGUUUGUCGACUGCUUCUAUAGCCACGUCUGUUCUUAUGCAAUGCGUCACUUGGGAAAUGAGUUUGAUAUCUACAACGCUAUCGAGGGCAUUGCCAGUGCAUUGUAUGCAGCGAAGCACCCUCUCUGGCUCGGACUUCCCCGCAACGACUUUGACAAGGCACUGCUAUGGUGCCCCGAUGCUGGUGCAAGCGAGAACGAGAUCUUGAAGUCAAAGGUUAUGCCAGGAGGUCUAAUUCCUAGCUGGUCUUGGUCCUCGUCGAAACAGAGUGUUCUGUUGCUGGACGACUGUAAUCGAAGACCUCUGCGAUACUGUGGGCCACUAGUGACAUGGAAUUCGUUUCGAAAAACAGACGAAGGUUAUAAGAUCGAGAGCCUUGUCCCCAACUCCGCCGUGGAUUUCCAAUGUCCCCGCUGCAAGUCUGGAGACGAACCGACAGGAAACGCCUAUGAUGGAAAAUACAAGGACGAGCAACUUUUGCAGAUAGUUGUUGCAUGGAGCCAGGGCUGCAUAGACAGCGCCUAUCCAUUCAAGCCUCUCACAAAGACAUCUAUUCGGGAUCUGGAGAAGUCUAUAGAUGUUUCGUGGCAAUGCAAGCACCAUUCCUGGCAGUUCCAAGCCCUCAGGAACCGACCAUCCAAUGACUUCCUGUCUCGCAUGGAUGCCAUCGAUAAAUCCCUGAAAGACAAACUCGGGCCAGACUUGAUCUUCACACGUGCACAGUCUGGAUUCUUCAAACUCAAUCUCCCCACAGACCAGUCUCAAUAUCUUCGCGAUUACCCCAUCGUCGAAAAUGGCAAGACAGUGGGUGUUCUAAUCGGCCAAGAUGCAGAUCUCCAAGCAGAGCUCCUUCCCCGCGUCGAAGCAGGCCAGAAUUUCGAAUUCAUCGCGCUGUCCGUCAGCAGCAUGGACGGGAUCAUUUGUUCAGAUGGAACGACGCAGUCCGGGAACCUCACGUUUCGAGAUCCAAAGAAAAUACUGGCUGAGAAUGAAUCUUUGAGAGAUUUGACUUAUCUGGACGCGAGAGGAGUACCCAUUCUCCCAAUCCCAGUCGUGAAUGUCAUGCUUAUUCGACGCGCUCGCUUUGGAUUAACCGCUCAACGUAUGAGUAUCGGUUGGAUUUAUCUGAAAGUAUGGGCAAAGGCGCGGGCAGAGUUCCGUGAUGUUUUCUUGGAGUAA